CGGCGUUGGCCCGAGCGGGCCCCGGCGGGCGUGAGCGCGGGCGAGCGCGCUGCCUGCAUGCGCGGAGCUCCAGCCCCGGGCGGCCGGGCGGCGGCGGCGGCGCCGGAGCCGGAGGCAGCCGGACGUGGAGAGGCGCGCGGAGCCCCGAGGCGCCCCGGGUCCGCGCCGGACCCUUGUGACCGUCUAGCGACUGGGUGCGCUGCGAAGACUCGGACCGGACUAUUUUGAAUCUCCCGGCGUCUGGGCGUGGGGCGACUCUUGGUAUUUUCUAACUCAACUUGUGGAUCUGAACGUGGCUUUGGCUCUGAGCGUGGCUGGCGACGUGUAGGACCCCAGCCCUGGCUGCUGCCGCCGCGCUCGCCCUCGGGAGAGUCGGCGGGGAAGGGACACCGGCCGGCUUCGGAAGUCUCCGCGUACGGAGCGGAGAAGCGGAAGGCUGACUGGAGGGUCUCCCCGGAGAAUCGACUCGGGAUUUGUUGUGAGCAGCAUGGAGGAGAAUGACCCCAAGCCUAGCGAAGCGGCGGCGGCGGAGGGGCAGCGGCCGCCGGAAUGCAGCCCCAGCGGCGGCGCCGGCAGCCCUGGCGAGGCGGACACUGGCCGCCGGCGGGCUCUGAUGCUGCCUGCGGUCCUGCAGGCCCCCGGCAACCACCAGCACCCACACCGCAUCACCAACUUCUUCAUCGACAACAUCCUGCGGCCCGAGUUCGGCCGGAGAAAGGACGCAGGGACGUGCUGUCCCGGCGCCGGAGGAGGCAGAGGCGCCGGGGCAGGCGGCGAAGGCGGCCUGGAGGGAGGCGGCGGCGCGGGCGGCGCGGAGCAGCUCCUGGUGUCUGGCCGGGAGCCCCGGCAGAACGCGCCCGGGGCGCCCGGGGCGGGCGGGCCGCUGCCCGGCGGUGGCGGUAGCGACUCUCCGGGUGACGGCGAAGGCGGCUCUAAAGCGCUCUCACUGCACAGCGGCGCCAAGAAAGGAGGAGACCCCGGGGGUCCCCUGGACGGGGCGCUCAAGGCCCGCGGCUUGGGCGGCGGCGACCUGUCGGUGAGCUCAGACUCGGACAGUUCGCAGGCCAGCGCCAACCUGGGCGCGCAGCCCAUGCUCUGGCCGGCUUGGGUCUACUGCACGCGCUACUCGGACCGACCUUCUUCAGGUCCCAGGUCUCGCAAACCAAAGAAGAAGAACCCCAACAAAGAGGACAAGCGGCCCCGCACGGCCUUCACGGCAGAGCAGCUGCAGCGGCUCAAGGCCGAGUUCCAGACCAACAGGUACCUUACGGAGCAGCGGCGCCAGAGCCUGGCGCAGGAGCUCAGCCUCAACGAGUCUCAGAUCAAGAUCUGGUUCCAGAACAAGCGCGCCAAGAUCAAGAAGGCCACGGGCAGCAAGAACACGCUGGCCGUGCACCUCAUGGCGCAGGGCCUGUACAACCACUCCACCACCGCCAAGGAGGGCAAGUCGGACAGCGAGUAGGGCGGGCGGGUGCCACGUCCCGGCCCGCCCUGGCUAAACGAUGCAAUAAUUUAAAAUCAGAAAUCAAGGGCCAGUGUAUAAAGAUUAUACCAGCAUUCAUAGUGAAGAUAUCGUGUAUUAGCUAUGGUUCUGCAAUAUUCUAUGUAUAUAUAAUUUACAGGAGGUGUAAAAUCCAAAAUAUCUGACUAUAAAAUAUUUUUUGAGUUUUUUUAUGUUUAUGAGAUUAUGCUAAUUUUAUGUUGGGUUUUUGGUUUUUGCAAAGGGGGCUACUUAGGGUUUCAUCUUUUUUAAUCCCCUAAGUUCCAUUAUGGGACAUCGGACACUUUUUUUUUUUAAUUUCAAAAGAUGAAAAAAUUAAAACAACUUGCUGAAGUCCAAAGAUUUUUAUUGCUGCAUUUCACACGACUGUGAACCGAAUAAAUAGCUCCUACUUGG